AUGCUCGCGGCCGGGGUCGGAGGUCAGGGCGAUCGUCUCGCGGGCCGGAGAAGGAAGAUGGCGGUGGAGUCGCGCGUUACCCAGGAGGAGAUCAAGAAGGAGCCGGAGAAGCCGAUCGACCGCGAGAAGACGUGCCCGCUGCUGCUCCGGGUGUUCACCACCAACAACGGCCGCCACCACCGCAUGGACGAGUUCUCCCGCGGCAACGUGCCGUCCAGCGAGCUGCAGAUCUACACCUGGAUGGAUGCAACUUUGAAAGAACUGACUAGUUUAGUAAAAGAAGUGUAUCCGGAAGCCAGAAAGAAGGGCACGCAUUUCAAUUUUGCAAUUGUUUUUACGGAUAUUAAAAGACCUGGUUAUCGCGUCAAGGAGAUUGGCAGCACCAUGUCCGGCAGGAAGGGGACCGAUGACUCCAUGACCCUGCAGUCUCAGAAGUUCCAGAUAGGAGAUUAUUUGGACAUAGCCAUCACGCCUCCGAAUCGGGCGCCACCUCCUUCCGGGCGCAUGAGGCCGUAUUAAAUUUACAAUGCUGUUUCUUCAUUUGAUUUUUCAGUCAGCUAUGUAAAAUAAGCUUACUCCUUUCCUUGUUUGAUUAUUGCCAGUAAGCCUUUAAAUUCUAAGCAAGUUGUUAUGCAUCUAUUUAGAGAAUUUGGAUUUGCUAUGGUCUGAAUAUUAGUAGUACGUAUGUUUCAACCCCUUCUGUAAAAUAUAAAGAAAAGUGCUCUUA